AUGGCUUCAGAUUUCGAUCCCUGGAAUCAGACUGUCACCAUCCGUCUUGGUGACGGGACUCCCGUCGAUGUACCUCUUGAUUUCAUCGACAUGACGCUCCAGUACGCUCUUCGAGCCAACAUGAGCUAUGCCGCGCAGCUGGGAGCAUCUCUUAUACUCUUCGUCAUUCUAGUUCUUCUGACUAGAGCCGAGAAGCGUGACUCCUACGUGUUCUGGCUUAACGGCCUUUCGUUGGUCCUCAACAUUGCCAGAUUGUUUUGUACGAUGCUUUUCUUUACGUCGAACUUUUUCAAUACCUACACACUCGUUUCUGGUGACCUAUCUCGAGUUCACAAGCGCGAAUAUGCAACAUCCGUCUUGGGAGCAGUGUUCAGCGGGCUACUCAUGACAACGGCAGAACUUUCGCUGGUCCUCCAAGUGCAGGUUGUGUGUUCGAAUCUCAGACGCAUCUACCGACGCAGCCUUCUUUGCCUAUCGGUCAUUGUUGCUACCGUAGUCAUGGCCUUUCAAUACUGGCUAAUGGGCAUCAACUGCAAGUUCAUCAUUGAAGGAAGCGACCCAAGGCGCAUCAACUGGCUAGAAAGCACCACCAACAUCAUCUUCACCGCGAGCAUCUGUUUUUUCUGCGCAAUCUUCGUGACCAAAUUAGGGUUUGCCAUACGUCUGCGCCGUACGCUCGGCAAGACUGAUCUCGGGCCUAUGAAAGUCAUCUUCAUCAUGGGUUGCCAGACCAUGGUUAUCCCAGCCAUGCUCUCAAUCACGCAUUACUUCGUCGAAGUCCCAGAGCUCAGUUCUAACGUCGUCACCCUUGUUAUCCUUUCCCUUCCGCUUUCCUCCAUCUGGGCCGGCACGGUCCUUGGCAAACCCAGCACGCCCUCGAACAUUCGCAACUUCUGGCAGAUCCUCUCUUUCUCAGGACAAAGGACCAAGCGCUCUACAUACACUGCCACAACGGCGACCGGAACCACGACAUCUUCCAUUGCAAAGCAGUGCACUCACUGCUACUCCGAGUCGCGGCCGCUGACGGAUAAGGACGGUGUCAGGAACCAGGAGGGCCCCUCGCCGGUCUCUUCGUCGAAGUACGGGAUCGCCGUUGAGCAUGACAUCUCGGUUCAGAGCGCGAGAAGGGACUCUUUUGAGGUUUGA